AUGCCCUCUCCACGACCCGAGUAUCCACUGACCUUCUCAGACCUAAAGGAUAGGAGAGGGAAAUGUUGUUACCAACAAGGCAAUGAUCUGCUUUGUACACAGUGGGUCAACGAAGACGACGGCAAGGAAAGUGACAGACUCAUCCAGGACAUCGAAUGUGGUCGUUUCAAAGAUGGAGAACUUGAUGAUGCCCUAUUGAGAACCUUCAACUUGAAAUGUUGCAGAAGAUGGCACAGAGAGAACAAACAAGAUACUGCAUUGAAAGAGCAAAUAUGCCGCCAGUGGAAAGACCAACUCUUUGCGAGAGACUGCGGUGCCACCAACAGCGUGCCUGAGUCUCAAGUAUCCUCCCAAACUUCCUCCACCGUCCCUGUGCCCACAACAGGCAACUCAGAGGGACCCGUUACUCGGGCCCGAGCAAGCGGAAAGGACAGCGGUCGCAGAACUUCGCCACAGAUUCACACUCCAGAGGAUGUUAUCACCCGGGAAGGAUCCCAAUUCGUCCGAUACAAGAGGGAACUAACGAUGCAUACAUUGUUGACAUCUCCGCUGCCGAAAAAAUUUGUGGAAUCUGGAAUCUUGUACUGUUAUACAGCAUCAGGGCUUAGCAAAAUCGGUGCUACGGGGCGUCAAGUCUCGGACAGAAUGACAGAGAAGGAGAGAAAAUGCGCCAAAUAUACGAGACCAGGAUAUCAGACUGAGACCGUUCCCCACGCCUUUCAUCUCGAACGCCUCUCACAUCUCGAACUCGAGAUCAGAGGGUGCAGAUUAAGGGAAAUCUCCUGCAAAUGCGGCGUAAAACAUCGGGAAUGGUUCGAUGUUACCGACCGUGAGGCGGAAAGGGUCAUUUGCGCGUGGGCGGAAUGGGCACUACGCGCCCGACCCUACGACGCCGCCGGCCGCUUGUCAUGGAAAUGGACUGAAAUCGUAUUUCAGAUGGAGCGAGCAGGCAUUCCAAUUACCGGUCAGGCGCUUAUCGACCGGAUUUCUCCUGUUGAAGGUGUUCGAGAACGUCGCAUCAAGGAGGCCCCGGAGACUCCUGAAGACAGCUUUGGAGGUGAUCGGACGCUCCUUAAGUCCUGGGCUGAAGUCGCGGCACCAAAGGCCGCCGAAACCUCGAUCGCUGAUGAUUCUUUUACGCUGGUGGAAACCGAAAAAGCACCAGAGGCCGAAAGAGCAAGCAGCAAAGCAGUCGAGUCUGCAAUCGCUGCUGGACCGGAACCAGCGACAACUGCCCAGACCGCUGGCGUGCCCAUGGCCGUGGUUCUCACCGAAGACAGAUUGGACCGGGUCGCGUUAGACCUGCAGAAGCAUCUCGCAUUACAACAACAGACCCUCAACAAGCUUGCCGAGUUACUGCAACAAUUGCUCGCUGCGUCACGCGAGCGGAUUCUUGUGGACACAGCUUCGACUACCGCUCCACUAACACACGUCUCUGUCUCCGAUGUUGGGACCAUUGCUGCAUGA